UUUCGUACGUAAUCAUGGCGCUUCGCAUGGUGUGCAGCAAAACAUUGAGCUUAAGUCGAUUUGUAUCGUUUAAUUCCGUAAACCAGCUUCCAAACCAGUUGCAAAAUGUGACAGCCACCUCCGUUCGAUGGUCCUCGUUUCGCUCGUCGGAACCGGUCGGUGAUUUGGCGCAGUAUCCCGAAGUGGAAGUUGUACGGAAUCCACCGGAAUGGAAGUACGUCGAACGAUUGCUAGCUCCCCGGACCGUACCGAAACCAACACCGAAGGAAAGCUACCCAUCCGGAUGGAAACCAGCUAGCCCACAGCCCAACCUAAAGUACGUGGUGCUACGGACGAAAAAUCACAUGCUACCGGUGUACUUGCGCCGUGCCUUCCGUGGCCAGCGUCGGAUAACGGCAAUCCGUCACGUGGAGGGUGAUAUUUGGCAGCUGGAAGCGGAACUACGCUAUCUGAUCGAGAAGCAGCUAAGCCGUCCCAUAAUCACGCGGGUGAAUGAGAUGAGUGGCCAGAUUGAGCUGAAAGGUGACCAUGUAGGUUUCGUGGAAAAAUUCUUGCUAGAAAAAGGAAUGUAAGAGCAUUUAGUCAGUAUGGUUA